AUGGGCGAAUCCGACCGACUGGCGAAUGGCGAAUUGAAUGAUCCUAUUGCACUCAACCGCGAAGACGAGCUGGGUCAUCUGGCAACCAGCCUGGAAGCCACUCGACAGGCGUUGCAAAGGUCAUUUGGUGAACUGGAAAUCAAGAAUCAGCAAUUGCUUGAAUACUCAGGCACUCUGGAAUCCAAAGUCAGACAGCGCACGCAAGAACUGGAAACAGUCAAUCAAAACCUCGAGGCUGCUUUAAGCAAUGUGAAUUCUGCACAGGCAGAAUUGGCCAGAGUAGAACGCAUGGCGGCACUAGGUUCCAUGGUGGCUGGCGUUGCACAUGAACUCAAUACCCCACUUGAAUGGUUGAAGAAGGCAAGAUGA